CUCCACAAUAAGAUAUGUGAUAUCCGAACCAAAUUCCCUCCUUCCCUCGUUUUUUCCCCACUCUCUCUCUCUCUCUCUCUCUCUCUCUCUCUCUCUUUGUUGAUGUAGUUCAUCCUCCGCUUUUGCUACCACCACUGCUCACUUCCCACUGCCAUCCACCGCCUCCUUCAUCUCUUGGUUUCCAGAUCUCGGAUCUUCUCCUCACUGAUUUCUUGUUCACUUUCCUUAAUUUCAUAAUUUUCUUUCAUAUAUUCUCAUAAUUCCUUAUUUUCCUAAUCAAACGUAACUAUAAAACCCUCUUUAAUUAGCUUUUCAACCUUGGAUCGGAUUUAAUCUUAGAUAGGUAUGUCAACUCCUAAAACUACGAUUCCUCAAUCACAGCAGCAGCAGCAGCAGCAUCCACCAAAAAGGCAGCUUCCUUUUUCAUCAAUGCGACCACCGUUUGUUCCACCGCCUGGGGAUUAUCACCGUUUCUCCGACAAUCUUCGUUCUUUUCCUCCUCCAGCACCUCCUCCUCCUUCUGACCACACCGAAGCUAUUCUCGUUAAAACCCCUACAAUGAAGCGUAAGAGUGAUGUAGCAGAAUUUGAUGGCGAGUCUAGUGAUUGGACAAUCAGUCCAGGGUACACUGAAGUAGUUAACAGCCCUCUCCAGACACCUGUUUCCGGAAAGAAUGGAAAGGGGAGAGGAUCAAGGGUUACCAAGGCAAACAGAACCGGGCCUCAGACUCCCAUGUCAAAUGCUGGUUCUCCAGGCAACAACCUCACUCCAGUUGGUUCUUGUCGCUAUGAUAGCUCCCUUGGACUUUUGACAAAGAAGUUUAUUAAUUUGAUCAAACAGGCAGAAGAUGGUAUUCUUGAUUUAAACAAAGCUGCUGAUACUUUAGAUGUUCAAAAGCGACGUAUUUAUGAUAUUACCAAUGUUCUUGAGGGUAUUGGGCUCAUAGAAAAGAAGCUGAAGAAUAGGAUACAAUGGAAGGGACUUGAUGUCUCAAGGCCAGGUGAUGUUGAUGAGAGUGUUACUAGUCUCCAGGCAGAUGUUGAAAACCUUUCAAUGGAAGAAUGCAGAUUGGAUAAACAAAUAAGAGAGAUGCAAGAAAGAUUGAGAGAAAUUAGUGAAGAUGAAAACAACCAGAAGUGGCUGUUUGUUACCGAAGAAGACAUAAAAGGCUUACCUUGUUUUCAGAAUGAAACUUUGAUAGCCAUCAAAGCUCCACAUGGAACAACUUUAGAGGUUCCAGAUCCAGACGAGGCUGUUAAUUAUCCUCAAAGACGAUACAGAAUAGUUCUUAGGAGCACAAUGGGUCCAAUUGAUGUUUAUCUUGUCAGUCAAUUCGAAGAGAAGUUUGAGGAGAUCAGCGGUGCUGAACCUCCGUCAAGUUUACCAAGCACCGCAAGUUAUAAUGAACAAACAACAGCCACGGCAGAGAAUGAAAGCAGAGGCAAUGAAAUAGAAAUGCAAGAACAUGAGACCCAAAGAUUAUAUCCAGAUGCCAAUUCACAGGACUUUGUGAGUGGAAUCAUGAAGAUAGUGCCCGAAGUUGAUAGUGAUGCGGAUUACUGGUUGCUUUCUGAUGGUGAUGUUAGCAUUACUGACAUGUGGAGAACAGACUCUGGAGUUGAAUGGAAUGACUUAGGCACUAUACAUGAAGAGUAUGGUGUGGAAAAUGUAGGCAGCCUACAGCCUCAAAGCCCACAAGCAGCUGCACAGAAGUGACUCCAGUUAACACGCCAGGGAGUUAGUUGCCAGUGUCAUUCGUGUUAGUCACUAUUUCUUGAAGUGGACAGAGCUUCUGAGCUUUCUUGUGUUGGGCAUCAAACUGCUUAUAGGACGCUGCAACAUUAUGUGCAUUAUAGUCCUUUGCAGAAACGUGAUAACUGCAUCGUUCCUGAUGCAUUUGUACAGCCGUUCAGUAGAAAUCACUAAAAAGCGAAGAUAUUUGGGUUAGUUUGUAGCUGUUGCUUGUAUAAUUAUUCGUCUCUUGGUUUUGGUCAGAACAAGAGGAAGUUGCUCAUCACAUCAAUUGUUGGCAGUAGAUUAUUAGUGCUUGAGAAUUAAGGGU